CGUUGUCCGCGAAUCCGACAAGAGCUUCUCUCUCUCUCUCUACCAUUGUUUUCUCUCUCUCACCUUGAGAGAGGAGAGAAGUCUUCCAAAAACUACCUUCUUUCUGAUCAUCUCCUUCUUCCACUAAGCCCAAAAGAGAGGAAAGCUGCGAGGAAGGAUGAUCGGGAAAAGUGGGGAAGUAGCUGCACACGGGGAGGGGGAGGCUGCGGCUGAUCAGGCAGCGAGAACAGGCGGCGGGGACUCCGGCCGGGGGCUGAAGAAGGGGCCGUGGACGGCGGCAGAGGACACCAUCCUCGUAGAGUACGUGAAGACGUAUGGGGAAGGGAACUGGAACGCGGUGCAGAAGAAUUGCGGGUUGAUGAGGUGUGGGAAGAGCUGCAGGCUGAGAUGGGCUAACCAUUUGAGGCCUAAUCUCAAGAAGGGCACCUUUUCUCCCGAGGAGGAGAGGAUCAUUAUAGAGCUCCACGCUAAGCUCGGCAACAAAUGGGCUCGUAUGGCCUCUCAGUUACCUGGUCGAACUGACAAUGAAAUAAAGAACUACUGGAAUACGAGAAUGAAACGACGCCAGAGAGCCGGCUUGCCUCUUUACCCUCACGAAGUGCAGCAAGAAGCGGCAGCGUUUCAUCUCCUUCUGCAGCAGCAGCAGCAGCAACAUCAACAACAGCACCACCACCAACAAAAGCAGCCUCAAUCUUCCCCUGCUUCAUUCUCAGCUCUGCUUUCGUCGUCUCAUCCGCGUAAACAGAACCACAAUCCCUCGCUUUCCCCCUUCGAGCCGAUGAGUUUCUCUUCGAAUGCAAACCCUUUUCAGAAUUCAGGAUUUUACGCCAACCCCAACAACCAAUUCAAGUUUUUCAGUGAAAACAACAACAACAAUUCUGCUGGAUAUACUCUGCCUCUAUCCCCUGUUUCUCCUUUUGGGUCAUCUCCGUCGACUCUGUUGAAUCAGAACAUUGCAGCCCAAUCCCUCUCUGCUCCACUGCUUGAAUUCAACUCUGACAGUUUUGGUAGCAGUUACAAUGUCAGUAAUUCAAUGGUUGUGGGGCCUCCAUGCGAACCAUUUGGUGUAGUCCAGGGACUGGAAACAGAGCUUCCUUCAAACCAAACGCCACCGUACUCAACACCUCGUGCUUCCUCCACUACCAGCGGUGAAGAGAAUCUCAUGGGGGCUUCAAGCACUGCUAAUGACUAUGAAAUCGAGCCGCCAUUGACACACAGCAAUAGUGGAUUGCUGGAUGCUCUCCUGGUGGAGUCUCAAACUCUGUCCGACAAGUCUAAGGGAAAAGAAUUAUCCGGCGACAAAGGGAAAAGCGUCGUGGUGGAUGCAUCUACGGAGGAGGAAGACGCAAUGCCUGUGGAUUCGGUUUUCAAGACUAGCGGUGAGACUAGUGCUGAGAACCACUGGGAUGAUUUGAGCUCUUCUCAAUCAUCAAUUGGGAUGAAACCAACUGAUCAGGAUCCACUAGAAGAAAUGAAUUCAAUGGAUGAUGAUUUGUUGAGCCUACUCGACAACUUCCCGUCAGCUAUGCCAGCCCCCGAGUGGUACCACGGAGGUCAUGACAUAUCUAAUGGGCAAUCGCCGGAUGCAGCAAGUAACAACGUGAGACUUAAUACUCAACAGAAUGCUUUACCAGCUCCGGUCGCAACAACUUCCAAUACCCCAGAGCUCGAAUGGGGCCUAGGCUCUUGCUACUGGAAAAACAUGCCCGGCAUAUGCUAAGCAGCUUCUUACAGACGUUGGUGUUCCCCUUAAAUA